GUGUCGCUGGCUGGACGUGAAUGUAACAAGAAGAGGAAAAGUGCAUUUUCCUAACUGUUCCUGUCAACUGGACCUAUACAAGUGGUCGGGAAUACUUUUUUCUGUCUUUUCUUUUACAUACUUUCAAUAAACAAAACAUAUUUAAGAACAGACAUGGCGCUCACCGAUGCUGACGUACAGAAACAGAUCAAGCACAUGAUGGCCUUCAUCGAACAAGAGGCCAGUGAGAAAGUGGAGGAAAUUGAUGCUAAGGCGGAGGAAGAGUUCAACAUUGAGAAAGGUCGCCUGGUGCAGACUCAGAGAGUGAAAAUCAUGGAAUAUUAUGAGAAGAAGGAAAAGCAGAUUGAACAACAUAAGAAGAUCCAGAUGUCCAACCUGAUGAACCAAGCGAGGCUCAAGGUGCUGAAGGCUCGCGACGACAUGAUCACGGAUUUGCUGAAUGAAGCUCGUCUAAGACUGGCUGAGAUCGUGAAGGACCCUGCUGAUUACUCUUCCCUCCUGCAGGGCCUGCUGCUUCAGGGAUUCUUUCAACUGCUGGAACCUAAAGUUACCGUUCGCUGCCGUCAGCAGGAUGUAGAAAUUGCUCAGGAUGCAGUUCUAAAGAUCAUCCCUAUCUACAAAGAGGCAGUGAAGAGCAACAUCGCCGUCAGAAUCGACCAGGAACGAUUUCUUUCAUCAGAGAUCUGCGGAGGGGUCGAGGUAUAUAAUGAUAAUGGGAAGAUCAAGGUUUCCAACACUUUGGAGAAGAGACUUGAACUUAUGGCACAACAGAUGAUACCUGAAAUCAGAGUGGAAUUGUUUGGCGCCAAUCCCAACCGCAAAUUCACGGAUUAACAGUGGAUUUGAAGAGAAGAUUGUUGACAAUGGUGGAAUAUACAGUAUAAGGUGAAGUCAGACAUCGUCUGCACAAUCACCUACACGUUUUCAGGGUUCUGCUACUUCAAAUAUCUUUUUAUUUUUGUACUAAUGAACUUGGUAAUAAUACAUCAAGUGCACUGAUUCUUAUGUUUAAGUGCCUUCUGUUUUACCUCUUCAGGGGAUGUCAAAAGCUUUUACUUUGAGAAUAUAUAUUUCUUUAAUUGUUUUGGGAAAUCUGUUGCUCUCUAAAAUUUGAUUUUUGGAAUCAAAGCAUUUUACAUUUUACAUUUUUGUAGACUACAGCUUUAAUAUGGUUGAUUAACUGGUAUGUACGGAAGCCCUGAGGUGCAAAAAAUAAUAAUUCUUGUGAUGCAUUUUCCCUGUGAGAUCUCUGCUGUAUUUAGGACUUAAGAAGAGGUGAAAAAUGGUUUUGAAAGGAUAAUCGGUAACGCUUUAUAAUAGGUCCUUAAUAACCAUUAAUUAACAAGUAAUAAAGCAUUGUUCUCGUUUUAGAUCUGAUAGUUGCAAAAAGCAUAGUUAACUUAUAGUUAACUUAUAAUAGAUGAGCAAUAAAGUAUAUUUUAAUAUCAAUAAGCAAACAAAAUUAGAUUAAUAAAGGCAUGGCAAAGACAUAAUGGGUGGGUCAUGGGUGUUUGUAAUGCCAUUAUUAACACUUAUAUAAGCUUAUAAACACACAAUAAUGUUAAUAAGAAUCUUGUAAGGACUUACAAGGGCCUUAUUACUUGUUAAUUAAUGGUUAUUACAAGGACCUUAAUAUAAAGCAUUACCGGAUAAUCUUAUUAAGUUUCUUAUAUAAUUUUAUCGAGCGUGUGUGCAUCCUCAGGAUACAAAACAAUUUUCUAAAUCAUAUUUAGAAAGAGGAUCACCCAUUUCUUUUUUCUCAUUAACCUCUCAGGGCUUCCGUAGAUUUGUUUGACAGUGUGUUUGUGGACGAAUAUUUCCCAUUGUUUUGAAGCACUAAACAUGUGAAAAACCAAAGAAAUAAAAGUGUGUGACACAGAGAAAUCA